AUGGAAAAAAACGGAUUUGGACUUUCACGAGAUGAGGUUUUGGACUUGGUACAAUUGUAUAUUAGACAAAAUAAUAUACAGAUUCGAUUUAAAGAUCAACGCCCUGGUCCAGACUGGUUUGUUUUGUUUAGAAAAAGGCAUCGAUUAUCCAUUAAAAAACCCCAAAGCAUUGAACACAUUAGAGGUGACCAGGUCAAUCCUUGGGUAAUUUUCGACUUUUUUGACAAGUUAACACAGCUCGUAAAGGACUUAAAUCUAGAAGUAAGGCCGGGUCAAAUAUACAAUUGUGAUGAGACAUCUUUUUGCCACGACCCGUCAAAAACCAAAAUUGUUGGGGCUAUUGGUGGCAAGUGUCAACGCAAGACUAGUUCCACUGGAAGAGAAAACACCUCGGUUUUACUCUGCUGUGCCGCUGAUGGAAAAUCCCUCCCAUUGCUUUGCGUGUUCAAGGGCAAAUACGUAAUGGAAAAUUGGAUAAAUACAGAAGUUGCCACAGAAACUGCCGUUUCCGUAACUGAGCGAGGGUGGAUGGAAACAACCCUAUUUUACAACUGGUUUAAAAUGGUUUUCCUUCCAAAUAUUGGCAAUGAACGGCCUGUACUGUUGGUGUAUGACGGACAUGUAACACAUAGUUCAACAAAGCUAAUCCAGUUAGCCCAGGAAAAUAAUAUUUGCAUUAUGAAACUGCCACCUCACACUACGCAUGUUUUGCAACCACUUGAUGUUGCGGUUUUUAAAGGUUUAAAAACAGAUUGGUAUAAGGAGCUGUGCAAAUGGCAGCGUCAAAAUCCCAGAAGAAAAAUCCUCAAACCGGAAUUUACAGCUCUCCUGACGAGAGUUGCCAGUCGAAUUCCAGAGUCGAGUAUUAAAAAUGGAUUUAAGACAACAGGAAUAUACGAUCCAGAAAAAAAUGGUCCAAACAGAGACGCUAUUCCUCUUUCAGUAUUCAAGCCUGACGACCUAAAAAAAUAUAGAGACAGCCUUCCUCCUAUUACUGCUGAAGCAGAAAUCCGUGCAGAAAUCAAAGACAACCCGCCUCCAACGUGCAACAAUACUCAUGUUAGCGGUGCAACAGCAAUCAAGGAGCCAGAAAAGAACAAGAUUUCAACUUUGCAAGAUCAGGAACCAUUAAGCAACGAUGUCAGUAAUCAGCCGAGUACAUCGAGAGUCGUGUUGAAUUCAUCAGCAAAUACAGACAGCGAUCUUUCUGGAAAAGAGUCCAAAAAUCCAACACGAAAAAGUUUUGAAGAUGUGUUACUGGAACUAUUUCAAAAAUAUAAAAAAGUAAAUCCAGAACGGAAGCGUAAAAGAUUGGUAACCCAUUGUGAAAUCAUAACGUCGACAGAAUAUGCAACCAAAAGAUAA